CAGGUGCUGUCGAUAUCUGUACUAUGUGACAUUGUUUACAACAAUACUUAAUAUGUCUAUUGGAAAGCUUAUAAUCGGAAUUACAUAUUUCACAAUUGCCUAUGCUCAAACACAGGCCACGCCAUCUUUCUAUGCCCUUGACAAUCCAUGUUACGAAAAAUUUAAGCUGUGUUCUUCAUUAUGUGUGGUAGUCUCAAUGAAAAAUGACGUGGUGUGUGAGUUUUGUUAUUGUAAAAAUCCAGAUAAUGAGAGUAGUUUUAUGGCCGACCACUGUUUCAACUGUACCAACAACGAUUCCACCAACGAUAAUAACGUCUGGAACGAGAUCUCCGUAUAUCACUGUUAAUAACAUUACCUAUGUAACCUUGAGGAACCCAUGUCAACAGAAACUUGCCAUGUGCCCGACGUUCUGUGACAAGUCCAAUGUGUCAUACCAUGGUCGUAUUUGUGAAACUUGCGUCUGUAAAAUUCUGAAGGAAUCGUUUGGAAAACGUGACAAUCCACUGGGCAAUGUCGUGCUCCCUGGUCGUAAGUUAAAGAGAGAAAAUACCAGAGACAGAAGUGAGGAAUUUUACAAUAAAAAAACAAAGCGGUGUGUUCCAUUCUUUUGUCCUUUAUUCCGCUGCCCUACUGGGAAAGUUUUUGAAAUAGGACUUGACGGAUGUCAAAUAUGCAGGUGUAUCAAGCAGCAUGCAGCAACAAGUACCCUGGAGCCGACAACGACACAAGUGGUAACAUCAACAAAGAUUGCACAUUCAGGCUCAAGACCUGAUCCAACCGAGCUGUUUUGUUUGCCGGGCCCAGAAUACUGCCACCGAGACUGUAUGGUACACAACAUUAAAGUCGAUAAUUGGCAUUGUUUCUUCUGUCGCUGUCCACAAGGAGAAGUGUUUAGGGCUAUGAUAAAUCCUUGCAGUCAUAAAGUUCGUGUUUGUCCAUCAUAUUGUACCAUUCGACAUUUAGAAGAUAUCGUUUUUGGAACCAUACAAUGUGAUUACUGCGACUGUAACACAACCAAAAAACAAGGUACAUACUUAGAAAGAGAAUCAAGAUUUUUACUCCAAGAUGAUUUAAAAGUUACAAAUAGUGUCAUAGCUUCAACUAUACAUUGUCUUGAAUAUGCAAGUGACUGUCCAUCGCAUUGUCAUGCAUUCACAGUUCAUAAUAACGCCUGGAAAUGUCACGUAUGUCUUUGUCAUGGAGUUCUCAUCCCAAAAACCUUCAUCCACCAUCUACAUUCAUCGUCAUUAACAUCGGGAAUGGCAUCGACGUCAAUCUCAACAUUACCAUAUUACACGAAGCCGCAAUCAUCCAAAACACCAGAAAGUCAAACAACGCGUGAAGAGCCAGUCACAACUAUUUAUCGAUCGUCGUCACUACCAACUACUCAGAAACCAGUCACAACGGUUAACCAGCCGUCUCCACUACCUUCUACUGAAGUACCAGUCAACACUGUUUACCAAUCGUCGCCACUGUCAAAUAGUGAAGAACCAGUCACAGCUGUUUACCCAUCGUCUUCACUACCUUCGAGAGAAGAACCAGUAACAACUAUUAUACGGCCGUCGCCAUUACCUACUAGCGGUUCUGCUUUGAACCCACACACAACUAAUAUCAACAUACCCACAACAAAUGGUGGAUCAAUUAGUUGUUUUAUAUGCAAUUCUACAAAUUGUGAUGAUGGUCAAUUACAGUUAUGCAGUUCUGGUAAAAAGUAUUGUAUGAAUACCCUUACUGCUCACACUAAUGGUACAAAAGAUAUAUUCAGAAGUUGUGUAUCUGAAGACGAGUGCAAUAGGAAAUGGUGGUUGAAAACUGCAGACGACCCAAUGUGUCUUACUUUACAAAAUGGCGAAUCUGUUGAACUAGUAGAUACCAAGGAGUGUAAUUUUUGUUGUACAGAAAAUGGUUGCAAUAAAAAUCUGAAAAUUGACGAUCAUAUAUUUAUCGGAAAGGAAUAAACGAUUACAUUGUA